GCGGAAGUAUUAUACGAAGUAGAUCUAUCUGUAAUAUCCGUCAGUGAUUGUGGCAAAACAAUGCCUAAAGUAACGUAUCAAAGUAUAUGCACUUAUACUCCAGGAAAGGAUGCAUGUGUAGGUGAUUCCGGAGGCCCGCUGAUGUGCUCAGGAUAUCAAGCAGGUAUCAUCUCCUACGGAAUUGGGUGUGCGGCCAAAUAUAAACCAGGCGUUUUUCAAAGAGUCGACAUUCACGUAUGUAUUCUGAAGAACGGCUAUCAUCACUGUGGAGGAACGCUUUUUGCACCUGAUACGGUGCUGACGGCUUCUCAUUGCGUGUACGAUCACGAUACAUGGACAAAAUCCCACAAGAUGACUCUGCAUCCAGCCACGUUGUUGUCAGUGAUAAUAGGCUCCUCUUACUCCAAGCCCGAGAAAGCCAAAGGCGCCACAUUCCGGAAUGUCAGCCAGGUCACUGGGCAUGCGGCAUUCGAUUUCAACACUUACCAAAAUGAUAUUGCCCUUCUCAAG